AUGCAACCUGUCUCUUCACCUUGUCUGGGCCUCCGGCCCAUGGCCUUACCGCCUAAAAUGCUGUAUGAAGGAAUAUUUCUCCUAGUCAUUGGAGUUUCUGCGACGUCUGGUGUACAAUUCAGGGAUAUCAGCACGAGCGUGCCUUUAACUACACUGUACCCCAUAUGUACCUCGUCUGUGAGUAGCCAGUGGUUAAUAACAUGUAACACCACGAUUUUCUGGCCAACGUCGACCGACUAUUUUUAUGGCCCGACGACUGGUGGCGGGGCUUCUGCGGUAACCUGCAACGCCCAAUGGGUCGAGUACAAAAAACGAGCAAAUAAGCUGAUUGACAUGGGCGCAACUUCUACAUCUACCAUCACUGAAACCUAUCCCAGCAGCACCGGGGCUUGCACUAAGCAGGUCUGGCCGGAGGGUCCGGGCGAUCCGCAUACCGGCCCAGUCACUACGGCCUGCGAUGGUAUCCCACGUGCUCUGGGUCCUCUAGAGUAUCUCACAAGUUACUGGCCGGGUACGGGGCCCUGCAGCACGGCUAUGAUAAGCAGUACCUGGACGACCCCCAUCUAUCGGUCGCCCUCCCCUUCUCCUACCUGUCAGCUCAAUGCCCAAGACUGCAUCCCCAUCUGGCAGACCUACUAUAGCCGAUUUAACGCAUAUGCGGAGUCGGCGACAGCUGAGAUACCAGGAGACACGAACAGCCCGAUUCGACCGGUAAACUGUCCAUCUACCCGAACCGAGCAAGAUCCGUGCACCAACUGCCAUUACCUGCCUGGCACGGCCACUCUCUUCUACUGGCCUGUGUCCACCACUAGUGGCGACCUCUGUCUGCAGAACGGAAGCACAAUCGCCGCCACGCCCACAGGCGACGGCCCCAACACGGCGAUCGUCGACGGCCAUACCUUUACUUCGCCUAGCGUCUACGUAUCUUUCACCAGUAUCUACGCUCGCGGUAACAAUCGAAGGGACCCCGGUGGCUCCUGUGGCGCUGACCAUGAAGAUGUGAUUGUUUCCAUCCAUCCCGACUCCGUGACUUCCUAUCGAGGCCAUCGGAAUGCAAAGUAUCCAAUUACCGGCACGCCGUAUCCAUUCAACUUCGCGGAGUUCCAACCCCAUGUGGUCGGGAAUUAUACCAUGCCUCUGAUUCCCUGGGAGCAGUACAGCGGGGGCGCUCAAUGCUCAGUAGGAGGAAGGGCCUGUGACAUGGUCCGCAACGAUUAUCUCCCGUGGAUGGGCAUCCCGGAAGGGGUGAUGACCCAGAUUGAUCCGCGGUGGACAGCAUGCUCUCGGCUAUGGUACAUCCCCCCAGUCAGUUUGGUUUCGCUGGGUGGUGGUGCGAUGAAAUCUCGACCAACAGGCGUGGCUGAGGCGAACAUUCCCCAGGCUCCCUCAGCGGUGCCUGUGUCGGCUCUAAUGGCGCCCACCCCGGAGGCUACUACUGAUUGGUGA